AUGGCAAUAGCUACUUCUUACAAUAUAACACAAACGUCACCAUUACUGUCGUGUGAUUGUGGAUGGCAUCAAAGGCCACGUAUUGUGAACGGAACCAACACUGGCGUGAACGAAUUUCCUGCGAUGGCUGGUUUAAUAGAUUUACUUAGAAGAGAAUUAACUUGUGGGAUCACCAUCAUUUCAAAGAAAUACCUUGUGACAGCAGCGCACUGCUUUAUAUCUGAUUCAGAAGCUCGACAUUAUGCAGUUUUAGUCGGUGAAGAUACGGAGUAUUCAAAGCUAUAUCAGGCUGAUAAGUUAAAAAUUCAUCCAAAAUAUAAUUCCAAUACUAAAGAAAAUGAUAUUGCUAUAGUGAAAACUCGCCAGUCAAUAGAAUUUAGUUUCGCCGUUGGGCCCAUUUGCCUGCCUUUUAGAUAUUCCUUUCGCACAUUCGUUGGUGCUAAUGUGAUAGCCCUAGGGGUUCGAAUCGUUCUGGCACUACCACCUCUUUUUCUAGACGUCGAUCCAGUUGGCUCAAAACUAAAUGGCAAGCCACUCGGGUCCCGGCAGGCCUGUGAUUGUCUUAGCAACGACUUCAAAGCGCCCUGCAAGCCGCACCCCAAAUCUUCCCGUUUCAUUGCCGAACCCUGUACAAUCUGUGGAUGGGGACAGUUGUUUUUUGGAGGUCCUAAAGCAGAUAUUCUACAAAAAGUGAAUUUGACAGUAGUGUCUAAUGCUUUUUGUCAGCAAGAAGUUACGGAUAACCGAAUAUACAGUUCCGAGAUGUGUACGUACUCCCUUUAUAAAGAUUCAUGUAUGGGUGAUUCAGGUGGACCAAUUUUGUGGUAUGACGACACAAUGUUAAGUUCGCAAAGAUUAUUUUUACUUGGGGUCAUUUCUUUUGGAUCGGCUUGUGCGAAUGAGAUUCCUGCAGUAAAUACAAGAAUUACAUCAUACCUGGCAUGGAUUGUAUCUGAAACCAGUGAUGCUGAUUACUGCAUUCGAUAGUAAUUAAUGAAGAAAACAUAUUUUUUUAAUGGAACAUGAAGUAUGAAAUGGAU